UAUUCAUUUUUAUCAAAUCUCCGCAGAGGCCUCCAUUUUCUUUCGUUCUUCUCCGUCUCGUCUGCUUCGUCGAAAAGGUAAACCCUCAUUUCACCGAUUCCUCCCCUGCCCUUCUCAGAGACCCAAAACCUCCGGAAGGCCAUAACUGAAUUCAUCAAUCUCGGUCAAUUGAUCAAUCAAUCGGGAACCCAUUUGCGCGAUUUUGCUUGCUCACUUCGAGGGUGGCCGCGUCAAUGGAGAGCCAACAGCUUAGCUGAAGAUCUGACCCCUCCCCUUGCGCACAGCUCACCUCCCCCCUCUCCGUCCGUAAGAUUCCUGGGAAGCUCGCCGGCCAUGGGUGCUGCGGGGUCCAAACUCGAGAAGGCUCUGGGCGACCAGUUCCCCGAGGGCGAGCGGUACUUCGGCCUCGAGAAUUUCGGCAACACGUGCUACUGCAAUAGCGUCUUGCAGGCACUUUAUUUCUGCGUUCCAUUUCGUGAGCAACUGCUAGAUUACUAUGCGAACAACAAAAGUAGUGGGGAUGCGGAAGAUAAUCUUUUGACGUGCCUCGCGGACCUGUUCACUCAGAUAAGUUCUCAAAAGAAGAAAACGGGUGUAAUUGCGCCAAAGAGAUUUGUCCAGAGAUUGAAGAAACAGAAUGAGCUUUUUCGAAGCUAUAUGCACCAGGAUGCCCAUGAAUUUCUAAAUUUUCUCCUCAAUGAACUUGUUGAUAUACUGGAGAAGGAGGCUCAAACUGCAAAAAAUGAUGCAGAAACAUCAUCGCCUCCUGAAAAGAUUGCCAAUGGACCAAAAAAUGCUCUAGCUAAUGGAGUUCAUAAGGAGCCAUUAGUCACUUGGGUUCACAAAAAUUUUCAGGGAAUACUGACAAACGAGACAAGAUGCCUGCGCUGUGAGACAGUGACAGCAAGAGAUGAAACUUUCUUCGACCUGAGCCUGGAUAUUGAACAGAAUAGUUCGAUAACAAGUUGUUUGAAGAACUUUAGCUCAACAGAAACUUUAAACGCCGAGGACAAAUUCUUUUGUGAUAAGUGCUGCAGCUUGCAAGAAGCGCAGAAGAGGAUGAAGAUCAAGAAGGCCCCUCAGAUCCUCGUAAUCCACCUCAAGCGGUUUAAGUACAUCGAGCAGCUAGGGCGCAACAAGAAGCUCUCCUACCGAGUCGUGUUCCCGCUCGAGCUCAAGCUCAUCAACUCUGUAGAAGACGCAGAUGCGGAAUAUUCUCUGUUUGCUGUGGUGGUACAUGUGGGGAGUGGACCCAACCAUGGGCACUACGUAAGCCUCGUGAAGAGCCAUAACCACUGGCUCUUUUUUGAUGAUGAGAAUGUGGAGAUGAUUGACGAGUCUGCUGUUCAGACCUUCUUCGGUUCCGCCCAGGAAUACUCUAGUAAUACCGACCAUGGGUACAUCCUCUUCUACGAGAGACUCGGGAUGAAUGGUAGCAGCAAGAGCUGAGGAGGCAUUGUCCCGCCCACAAGCUUUAGAUAUUUUGAUCGUUCAGGGGACCCUAUUUUUCUGUUGUGUUAUCAUCCUUUUUUCUCCGGGGUUUCACUUUAGCUUCCCUUUUUUCGGGAGAUCAAGUGAGAUGACAUGAUAUGGGGUUGUGAAACAUUGUAUUCUUAGGAGGAGGGGGAGAUGGUCCAUGUACAGGCACACCUAGUACUCUGCCCUUUUGGUUUUAUUUUUUUUUUCCUUUUAACAAAUAAUAAGAGGGAGGAACGAUAUUGUAUAUGGUUUUGUGUGACUGUGGAGGAGAGAAUUCGAAUUUUCCACAGGGAUGAUUUGUAAUUUUUUGUCGGCCGAUGCGAAGCUCUUGAAGAGUUCAAGAAAA